UUACAUAAUUGUAGGAUUUUUCAAAAAUGAAUCCACAAGAUCUUUUAGUCAACACCAUGUCCUCUGUGUGCGAUAAUAAGUUAAUAAAGAACUUCACUGAUCUUAAAGAAAUGCGAUUAAAGCAACUGACCGCUCAAACAGACAGAGAGAAGCAAAAUGAUAAACUUCAACAAGAGGAAAAGCGAUUGGAGCAGCUACAGGUUUCGGUAGAUCAAUAUCAAGAGCGCCAGGAAAUAAUACAGAAGUUAAACAUUUAUAAAGCGAAAAAGCUGUGGAUUGAACUGAAAGACUCUGAGGAAAAAAUUCACAAUUAUAAAAGUCAAUUGGAUGAAGCGAAAGCAGAUUAUCAAGAUUCAAAGAAUGCAUUUGAAAAAGAGAAAAGUGCACAAGAAGAAAUAGCAAAAAUAAAUGCUGACUUACGGGAAAAAAACACUAAGCAAAAUAGGCAAAUAAAUGAAACCACGAUUUCUAUGAAUAAGCUAAGUUCUCAGAUAGAGACCGUAAAAAAAAGUAUCACUGAAAGUAAAUGCGAACUAGAGAGAACUAUCCAACAAUCAAUCAAGAGCAUAAACGACGUGGAAAAACUAAAGUAUUUACUAGAAACUAAACAACAUGAGUUGGAUAUAUUUAAUGUCACUAAGUCUCAGGUUUUAAAUGAAUUGGAGACGAAAAAAAACAUUAUAAUAAAGACUCGUGACACGACAAUGAGCCAUUAUAAUAAGCGCAGGGAACUUGAAACAAAAUUAAAUGAUGAAAAAAUUCCUGAAAUUGCAGCACUCUGCCACAAGAUUGAUCGAUUAGAAAACAUAAAAUCGCAAAAGAUUGACGAGCUGCGUGUUCGAAACCCCAACUUGCUCAAAGCUAUGAAUUGGGUAGCACAAAAUAAGCAUAUAUAUUCGUGUAAUAUAUAUGAUCCAAUGAUAUUUGAAUUGACAAUAAAAAGCGAGGAAGGAGCCAUGUAUUUAGAAAACGUUGUUAGGCAGCGAGACCUUUUUGCCUUUGCAUGUGAAGACAAAAAUGAUAUGUCCGAUCUUAUUGAUGAGUUAUGUGUAAAGCAAAAGUUAUCUGUAAAUGUUAUGUACUGCGCACCAGCGGAGAACUGUUUGUUUAAACCUACUGUGCCAAUAACAGAAGUUACGCAACUAGGAUUCAAAGCGUACCUUGUUGAUCUCGUUUCUGGUCCAAUACCUUUGAUAAAUAAGCUAUGUGCAACUUAUCAAAUUCAUAAUAUUCUGAUAGGAAACGAUGAAGUCAGUAAAUUUACAGCGUGUGUUCCGAAAUCGAUUCGUGUAUAUUUCGGAGGUAAGUAAUUAA